AUGAGGCAACACACUGAAGACACUGUGAAGAUCUGCCGCUUACUGGGGGAGGCAGAACGUCUCGAGUUAGAAUGCGAGAAUGAGAGUGAAAGAUCAGCAGCGGUGGAAGAUGUCGAGGGCAGACUGGUCAGCGACCUGCUGGUGCUGUUGGAGUCUGGCGAGGGCAGCGACGUGACGCUCAUGGUGGAUGGGGCCUCACUGGCAGCUCAUAGGGCAGUGCUGGCAGCGCGUAGCCCCGUCUUAGCCGAGCAGCUCAAGGGCACUCCAGGUGGCACCCUGCGGGUGGAUGGGGUGCGAGAGGAGGAACUGCGUCAAAUCCUGCUCUACAUGUACAGCGACCAGCUGCCGCCGCCAGCUAGCAUCACAGAUAAGCUCCUGGUGCUGGCCGACAGCUAUGCACUUUGUGGCCUGAAGGAGUACUGCGAAGAGCAGUUGGAACACAAAAUUACUAUUGACAGUGCAAUGCUCUUGGCCGUGGUCGCCAUCAAGCACUCCUGCUCCUCAUUGAAGAGGACCUGUGUUGAUUUCAUCAGGACACACAUCUUCCAGGUGAUGGACACAGCUGGUUGGGAUGCAGCAGUACGCGAUGAUGCAGAGGUUGUGCUGCAGAUAACCAAGAGCAUAGCAAGGGCGGUGUUCAACGAUAAAAUUAAAGAAAUACGCACUAACAUCUGUAUAACUGCCAACGUACUGAAAGAACUGUCCAAAUAA